AUGAGUGACACUAAGAAGAACGCAUCUGCUACACCAUCUGAGAAGUUCAGCUCUUUUUUCCAAACCGAUGCUUCCAAGCCCAAGCCCAAGGCUGCUAAGGCUACCAAGACACAGGCCGACAAACUGACCCAGCCCAAGACUCAACAGAAGCCAGCAAGGGGCCGAAAAACACCUCUCAAGGCCAAAAGUCCUGUGGUGGUCGUUCCAGACUCGGAGGGUUCCCACGACGAGAACGCUGCGGCGUCUCAGACUGUCACGCCUGCCAGACGCAGGGUUCGCGCCACCAAGCGUCCCGCACUACAGGCAUCGUCGCCCUCUCCCAAAAGGUUUAAGAGCAUUGAUCUCCUGGUGAAUUCCACCUUCGACGACGCACCGGCCGGUGAAGCCACCCCUAAGCUCAGUACUCGAAGCCCUGCGCCCGUCAAGCGCCAUGCGGUUGCUUGCCGUGAGUGUAUCGACAAAUGGCGUACUGACUCUUCCUGGAUUUGUGAGAUGACCGAGUCUGGCAAGAGGCCUUGUGUUAGUUGCGAGGUUGAUGGGUAUAGAUGCUCGGAUGAUAUGCUCGAGGAUUCUCGCAUGGACGUCCAGAGAGUUCAUGAGAUGGCGAACCGCCACCGACUGGGUCUUUUUGUGAACCCUGAAUCCUGGCACACUGGACUCUGUUCCGUGUUGUCAGGUGUCGAGACCUUCGAUGCUUGCCAACGGGCACGAGAGAUCUCGAUUCAAGUGAAUGAGGCUGUCGCUAGGAUUGAGUGCCACAUAAGAGAAGAGAGGGCUGAGCUCGAGGCCCUCAAGGACGCCAUGAAGGAGGAGAGAGCCCAACGGAGAAAGCUCGAGGCUCAGGUUAGAGAUAUGCAAGUACAACUUGACGACUUCAAAGCUGGUAGAGAUGGGGACAAUGAGGAUGAUUGGGAGGAUGAGGUUGAGGAUGAAGGUGAUGUUGGUAAGGCUUAG